UGCACGGUCAUGGCGCUGCGGGGCGGCUGGCGCUGGCUGCGCUUGCUCUCGAGGCGCGGCGUCAGCUCGGGGCGGCGGGACGGCGGUGAGGCGCCGCAGCACCACGAGUUGCGGGCGGCCCUCAGGGAGAUCAUUGACAAGGAGAUUAACCCCUUUGUGGACAAGUGGGAGGAGGAAGGACAAUUCCCGGCUCAUAAAGUAUUUAAAACCCUGGGUCAAGCUGGAUUCCUUGGCGUGGAUAAGCCAAAAGAAUACGGCGGCAUGGGCUUGGACUUCUCCUACAGAAUGGCAGUGGCAGAAGAGCUGGGGCGCAUCCGCUGUGGAGCUAUUCCUAUGGCUGUUGGAGUGCAAGUUGGCAUGGCCACUCCUGCUCUUACAAGGUUUGGCUCUGAUGAGUUGAAAAAAGAGUUCCUUGCACCAACUAUCGCUGGAGAUUGUGUGGCUUGCUUGGGAAUCAGUGAAGCUGGAGCUGGGUCAGAUGUUGCAAGCAUCAAGACAACAGCUGUGAGGAAAGGCGAUGAAUACAUCAUCAAUGGCGGCAAGAUGUGGAUCACCUCCGGCUGCCAAGCGGACUGGAUGUGCCUGCUGGCAAACACCAGCGAAGGACCUCCUCAUCGAAACAAAUCCCUCAUAUGUCUGCCAAUGAAUCUGCCUGGGAUUCACAUUGCUAAAAAGAUAGACAAGCUGGGCAUGAGGUCAUCAGACACGGCUCAGAUCUUUUUUGAAGACGUAAGAGUGCCCAGCAAAAACGUCAUUGGUGAGGAAGGGAAGGGCUUCACUUACCAGAUGUUGCAGUUCCAAGAAGAGAGGCUGUGGGCAGUAGCCUCUGCGCUGGUACCCCUGGAAACCAUCAUCCAAGAGACCAUCGAGUACGGGCGGCAGCGGCAGGCGUUCGGCCAGCCGGUGCUGCACAACCAGGCCAUGCACUUCCGCCUGGCCGAGCUGGCCACCGAGGUGGAGCUGCUGCGCUCCCUCCUCCACCGCACCGUGGAUCUCUACCUGGAAGGCAAUGAUGUGACAAAAUUUGCUUCCAUGGGUAAGCUGAAGGCAGGCCGCCUGUGCCGUGAAGUGACCGACAGCUGUCUCCAGUUCUGGGGAGGGAUGGGCUUCACCAACGAGGUUCUGGUGAGCAGGUAUUACAGAGACAUGAGACUGCUCUCCAUAGGAGGUGGUGCAGAUGAAAUCAUGCUUUCCAUCAUCUGCAAACACAUGGAAAUACUUCCCAGCAAGUGACUCUUCUCCACUCUGCCCUGGAGAUUAAGCAAGCAAAGCACGGCUGAGCUGCACAGUGAAGGUAACGGCCACUACAUCUUUUCAAGGGUAAAUAAGUAGAUAUCUCAGUCAUUUUUGCCAUCAAAACCAUAACCAUUCUGUGUCUUCUCUGAAAACAUUUCCUGCAAGGUGGGUUUUUUCC